UGUGGGUUUGCUUUUCUGAAAGCCAUGUCUGGUCGCGGCAAGGGCGGGAAGGGCCUGGGCAAGGGCGGCGCCAAGCGCCACCGCAAGGUGCUGCGCGACAACAUCCAGGGCAUCACCAAGCCCGCCAUCCGGCGGCUGGCCCGGCGCGGCGGCGUCAAGCGCAUCUCCGGCCUCAUCUACGAGGAGACCCGCGGGGUGCUCAAGGUGUUCCUGGAGAACGUGAUCCGCGACGCCGUCACCUACACGGAGCACGCCAAGCGCAAGACGGUCACGGCUAUGGACGUGGUCUACGCGCUCAAGCGCCAGGGCCGCACCCUCUACGGCUUCGGGGGCUAAGCUCUGAUUCCACCGCCAGGAAAUUGCAUUUCGCCAUCAAAGGCCCUUUUCAGGGCCACCCAAACGUUCAGAAAAAGAGCUGACCUGAUACACUCCAUUGGCUAAAAUGAACAGUUGAGAUUUAAUGACCGAAUUCUGUGGGAUUGCGGGAUUUUUAAAAGUAUAAAGCUCCGUGCAACAGCCGAUUACACCAAAGGGACUCCCUUAGCUGAGCCGUACUUACUUGCUCCUCUGUCCUCCACAUUGACUGCAUUACGCGUAAGAGAGGGAUGAUACUCCUAACUCAAAAGUGGGGAAACCAAGUAGAGCAAGGAACUUGCAAGGAUGUCUAGGAACAAAGAGGAACAUUGUCCAAUCAGCAGGUCCCAUCCGUGUUUGUCAACCAAUCAGAACUGAUGAUCUCAUG